UAUUAACUCGAUUCUCAGCGUAAAACUGGAUUAUAUCAGCUACAAAGAAGCAAUUUAUUCUGGGUUUUAGGCCAACAGAUUUUGAACUUGAUGGUCAGCAGAAACAUGGGAGAUUGUAUAAGUUGACUGAUCCAGGGAAGAUGAAACAAUCAAAAACCAUCGUGAAAAUGAAUCAGAUGAAGAAAAAUUUCAAGCAGAUUAGUAAACAAAAUAAAGAUUUAAACAAGAAGUUUCUUACUACUGCAGACGGAUCCUUUUAUCUUCUGAAGUCGAAUUUGGAUGAUGGUGAAGUUCUCUUAUCUUGGAGAUUCAAGAGGCGCGAUUUAAUUAGUGAUCCUACCUUUCAAAUGAAAGACGAUUGUUGGGCUCAUGCUUUUGCUCGAGCCCUAUCCGCUCUCAUGAAGCAACAUGGAAGUACCGAAAAUCUUCCCACUGCAGCGUUGCUCGUUGCUCAAAUUGAUAAGAAGUUUUUAACAAAAACUAAAGGAUUGCCCAAGUCUAUCGAUGCUGCCACUUCAGUGCUCCACAACUAUGGUUGUAGCUUGGUUGUGCAUCAUCGUCCUAAACUGAAAUUGCUCGAGGAUAAUGAAGAGUUUGAGAAGUUUAUUGAGCGGCGACUAGCUAUAGGUCCAGUGGCCGUGUGUUUCCUUUAUGUGCCAGGUUACUCUUGUUUCAGCCAUAAAAAUAAAGCAGUUUUCCGUCCAAGCGUCAUUGAUAUCCAGGCAAUGCAUUAUGAGAGUUUAGAUAACCAUUGUGCCGUCAUAACCGGUCGUGGAGUGGUCUUGAUUGGUGGUAAGUCCAUUGAGUUUUGGGAGAUACAUGAAACCCGAGGAGAUCAUUUUGGAGAUAAAGGUUUUACUCGACUGGAACGCCACAAGGGGCUCAUUAUUGAACUU